AUGCCUUCUUACCACAAUUACACGCACCAUACUUAUAUGUGGCGUGAUGGAGAAACUGAAACUCACAGAAUGGGUGAAAUGGAGAGACGAGCGCGAUCUCACGCAUACCUACAUCAAGUUUCAAAGAGCCGUCGAGAUCGAACAGUAAAGGAAAGAAUGCAAAGAGUUGCCAACAAUACAGACCAGCCGAGCAGUACGGAUUUUAGAGGAAUUAUUAAAAGCACAGUAUCGGGCCCUGUCACGCCCGGACAAAUUUCCUGCUAUAUUGAUCUCACACUUGGAAAACAAACUUGCAAGUGUGGAAAGGAACUCUCUGCUCAGACCAACUACCGAUUGAGAGGAAGUUAUAUCUGCUCUGAAUGUAUUGGCAAAAGCUCAGAAGAUGUCAAGGGAGAAAUUAAGGUGCAAUAUCACUGGGACCAUUGUCCUAUAUGUCAGACUAAAAGCAAAGAUGACCACACGAUGGAAUUACUCUUUACGACUUGUGGGCAUACCUGCUAUAGGCGUGAUUAUGAGUGUGGCUUUUGUCAUAUAACAACGGCGGAGAAUGCUCUUGUACUGGCUGUUGAGCGAGCUUGGUGCGGUUAUACAUUUGAGUGCUAUGUACUCCGUAUGCCCAUUGCCCCUCCAUCCCACUACCCCUCCAUCCCACUACCCCUCCAUCCCACUACCCCUCCAUCCCACCCCACAUCGCAGGCUGUUGUGCUCUUGCGUCCGUUACAGUACAUAGUAGUCAUUUCUGGAUCUUUCAAACUCUAA